AUGACGGCCGUCCUUGAUGCGGCCGACGUCGCAAAGCACAACACGCCCGACAGCUGCUGGGUCGUCCUGUACGGCAAUGUCUACGACGUGACCGACUUCCUGUCCUCCCACCCAGGCGGCUCCAAAAUCAUCCUCAAGCUCGCCGGCCGAGAUGCCACCCAAGAGUACGAUCCCGUCCACCCGCCCGGCACCCUCGAAGAGAACCUCAAGCCCGAGGCAAAGCUGGGGCGCGUCAACCCAAACAGCCUGGUAGAGCACGCUGUCCCGGCCGACAAGGCCGCAGGCGACACGUCGGAGCCCCCGCCGCUGGCCUCGCUCUUGAACCUCGACGAGCUCGAGGCAGAGGCCACCCGGCGCAUCCCCAACAGGGCCUGGGCCUACUACUUUUCCGCCAGCGACGACCUCUACUCGAAACAGCUCAACCGCGCCGUCUACCGCGACAUUCUCCUGCGGCCCCGCGUCUUCGUCGACUGCACCGUCUGCGACCUGUCGACGUCACUGCUCGGCAACAAAGUCGACGUGCCCUUCUUCAUCGCCCCGGCCGCCAUGGCCCGCCUGGCCCACCCGGAUGGCGAGCGAGGCAUGGCCCAGGCCGCUGCUCGCUUUGGUGCCAUGCAAAUCAUCUCCAAUAACGCCUCGAUGACGCCCGAGCAGAUUUUCGACGGCGCGCCGCCCGACCAGCUCUUUGGGUGGCAGCUGUAUGUGCAGAACCAUCGGGACAAGAGCAUCGCCAUGCUCAAGCGCAUCAGUUCGAUGCGCCGUCGCAUCAAGUUCAUUUGCCUGACGCUCGACGCGCCCGUGCCGGGCAAGCGCGAGCACGACGAAAAGUCAAAUUUCGAGCGCAGCGGCCCCAUCGAGGCGGCCGCGCCCAGCAGCAGUGAGGAGAAGCGGCCGGCCGCCGGCGGCGUGGGCCAACAGCUGUUUUUCGGGACGGCCUCGGACCUGACGUGGGCCACGACGCUGCCGUGGCUCGCUCAGCACACCGACCUGCCCAUUGUGCUCAAGGGCUUGCAGACGCACGAGGACGCCUACCUGGCAGCGCAGCACGCACCGCAAGUCAAGGCCAUCAUCCUCUCCAACCACGGCGGGCGAGCCUCGGACACGGCGCCGCCCGCCGUGCACACGCUGCUCGAGAUUCGCAAAUACUGCCCCGAGGUGUUUGACAGCAUCGAGGUCUGGGUGGACGGCGGCAUAAAGAGGGGGACCGACGUCGUCAAGGCCCUGUGCCUGGGGGCCAAGGCGGUAGGACUCGGGCGCGCGCCUCUGUUCGGCCUCGGUGCCGGGGGGCAAGCCGGCGUAGAGCGCAUGUUUGAGAUUCUCGAGGCGGAGACGGCCACGUGCAUGCGAUUGCUCGGCGCAAGAAACAUUUCGGAGCUGGGUCCUCGAUUGAUCAAUAGCCGACGUGUGGAGAGAGACAUCUACGACGGGGAUCCGGGGCUGGAUAGGCAGGGUUUGUGGACAAAGGCCAAACUGUAG